CCGUGGGUGGGGCGCGGCCGCCUCCGCCGCGGGGCCUGCGGGGCGGUCGGUCCCGCCAUGGGGCAGUGCCUGCCCUGCCUGGGGGACGCCGCCAAGGACGUGGUGGAGACGCCCGACCCGGAAAUAAAAAGAAGACAGCUAGCAGAAGCUGCUGAAAAGAGGCAGAUGGAGGCUUCCUCUCGAGGUAUUAAGAAUGUUUACUCCGUAGAGCAGAAGAAAAAGAAACAGGAAGAAAUAGAAAAAAGAAUGGCAGCUUCACGUCCUGGAGGAGAAGGAGGGCUGAGAUGGCAGGUGGGAUAACGCGCGGCUUCCAAAGAGACGACGACUGACUCUGAUCACCAAUAACUUGCCAGUUUCUGCAGCCAAAUGGCACUUACUCAUAACGUGGCUUUUUGCUGUUUACAUACGAAGACUCAGCAGUACUUUGCCAUUGUGGGACAACAUGUGGAAACAUUCAGUAAAAAUCCUAAGAACUAACUCUGAACACUAAAGUUUUGCCAAUUUUGUUUGUUCGUUCGUUCGUGCAUGUUUUAUUGCUUCCCUGUCAAAGGAGUGAGAUGGGUUUUCUCACCUGGAAGUGGCCUGCUUACCUGUAGUCAGUCAGUAUGUGUGUGCUGUCUGGUCAGUUCAUGUCUGUCUGUCUGUCUGUCUGUCGCAUAUGACUGGCCUAGGCACAGCUCAGGUCCCCACGUGUUGGUUUUGAUGCUUAUUUCAAGCUCUUCAAUAAACUCUUUAAGUCCUCAUGUAGAAAGUUGUUCAUAAAUAUAUAUAUAUAUAUCUGAAUAUGCAGGUGACAGCAUUUCUGUUUCCUAAUGACUUUUGAAAUGCUUAGGAAUUUAGUGCCUUUUUUCAAAACAAAGAGAAGCAGAUUCAUGAUGAGUCCUUACAAAUAGAAUCAUUUUGUGACUAGUUAAAAAACAGAAACCUUUACAGAUCCUGUAUACUUAGAUCAAGAAUGCUGUUUUAUUAUGAGUCGAAUAAUUGUUCUCCUCACUUUCUGAUGUGAAUUUCUUUUGAGCCUGUAAGUAUUUAUAAUGAAUUCUGGAAGUUAAACAUUAAAUUAAAAAUCUUAUUA